AUGGCAAAUUUAAGGUUUUGUUAUAUUUCUGAAUUGUCCUUCUAUGCUAGCAUUGUUAUUCCAAGCAAUUGCCUUGCUCACUUUUCUCUUCAAAAGGAGCCCACACCUUUGUUUGUGUUUGGGGAUUCACCAUUUGAUGCCGGAAAAAAUAACUACUUCAACACUACCAAGACUGCUCAGGCCAACUACUGGCCAUAUGGAGAAACUUAUUUCGGGUAUCCCACCGGGAGAUACACCGAUGGGCGUCAAAUUCUAGACUUCAUCCUUGACAAAUUUGCCAUUGAUUCUAUCAUCUUUACAACCCCGUUUAAUUACUAUGUUUAUGGAGUGAACUCUACACCUGGGGGAGCUGGUGCUCUAAAUGAAACUCAUCAGGGCUUGGUGAUAGACCUUCAAACUCAGCUUAGUUAUUGCAAAAAUGUAGAAAAGCAGUUGAGGCACAAACUAGGCCAUGCACAAGCCAAGACAUUGCUUUCUAGUGCUGUCUACCUUUUCAGUAUCGGAAGCAAUGAUUACUUCACCCUUCUGCAAUUUAACAUCAGCAAGGAAUUCUCAUACUCGGAAGAAGAAUUCAUAGGGAUGGUGUUGGCAACAUAA